AUGUUGGCAACUCCUAUCAUCGCUGCGAGCAGCUUCAUCGCUCUUGGCUAUGCAUCCCCUCAUCACUUCCAUGUCGUAAAAUCUACUGCUCUAGCCCCACGAGCUGAUUACAUCACAUUUGGCGGCGACGGGUCGAUGAGCGCUGGAUGGCCAAAGCAGACUGAGUGGAUGUCGUUUGACGAUGCUUGGAAUGCCAAUCAAGACUUCAUCAAAGGUUCCUGCAAGCACAACGGCUGGGGCGACAACAACAACGACGCGGAAACACAGGCCAUCAAGGAAAGCAUACAGUCAGAGUCAGAGGUUUCCGGCGUCCCGAAGGAGUUCAUCCUCGCCAUAAUGAUGCAAGAGUCCAAGGGCUGUGUGCGCGCCCUGACCUCCAAGUCCGACGCACAUAAUCCAGGUCUUAUGCAAGGCGCGGGUACUACAACUUGUCAUCCCCUCGGUCAGAGUCCCAUCUCGCCAUGCCCCGCCAAAGACAUCCGCGCCAUGAUCCACGAAGGUACUGCAGGAGAGGGAUUGAGGACGAGUCUGAAAGAGUCGCUUAGUGCUUUCAGUACCACCACGGACGACAGCAAGUACUACAAAGCGGCGCGUCGCUACAACUCCGGCUCUCAAGUCACAAAUCCAAAUCUGGGCCAUAGUGCUACGGCGUGCUACGCAUCUGAUAUCGCGAAUCGUCUCAUCAAGCCUUUUGGAGAGAGUAGCUGCAAUAACAAUGCUGUUGCUGGACUUACCAUGACGGAAGGUCGCGGGGGAAACUACGGCGAGAACAACGAUAGUAGCAACCAGAAAAUUGACCUGGAUCAACAUCAGACCGACAACAAGCAGGCAACACCAAAUGAAGCCGGCGAUAGUGGCAUCCUCGACACCAAAGUUACAGGCGCAGCAGAUGGCUGUACCAGAUACUACACUCCUGCGGAAGGCGCCACCUGCGAGUCCGCACCCAUUGCUUUCACCAGGUUGCGUCAGCUCAACUCGAAGCUGAAGGAUGAUUGUUCCAAUCUCUGGGCUGGAUACCAGUACUGCAUGGCUACUUGA